AUGUCUCAAUCCCUCCGCCCGUACCUCCAGUGCGUCCGAAGCAGUCUGACUGCCGCCCUGACGCUAUCCGACUUUGCCUCGCAGACGGCCGAGCGUCACAAUGUCCCCGAGAUCGAGGCCCAGUCCUCGCCCGAGGUGCUCUUGACGCCCCUGACGAUUGCCCGCAACGAGAACGAGCGCGUGCUCAUCGAGCCUAGCAUCAACUCGGUCCGCAUCAGCAUCAACAUCAAGCAGGCCGACGAGAUUGAGCACAUUCUCGUCCACAAGUUUACCAGAUUCCUGACCCAACGCGCCGAGUCCUUCUUCAUUCUGCGUCGCAAGCCCAUCAAGGGAUAUGACAUCUCCUUCCUAAUAACAAACUUCCAUACCGAGGAGAUGCUCAAGCACAAGCUCGUCGACUUUAUCAUCCAGUUCAUGGAGGAGGUGGACAAGGAGAUUUCCGAGAUGAAGCUGUUUCUGAACGCACGGGCACGUUUUGUGGCCGAAUCUUUCCUCACACCG